CGUUGUCUACAUGAGGUGACUGGUUGCGACAAGGAGGGAGAUCGGGAUCUGUGGAUGAUUGGGAUCGGGUACUCACCUGAGGUUGACGUCUCCGAGCAAACAGAUACCCUUCGAGUCCUUCGCACGGACCCUGUGGAUUACCUUGUGACGCCACGUGUGAUCGCCUGCUGCGUUGCUCUGCCGAUCCUUACACUCAUGUGCUUCAGUGUGUCUAUGGGCGCGAGCGUCUUUCUUGCGGAGGGCGUGUACAAUGUCAGCGCGAACAUCAUUCUCGAUUCGGCAGCUCGAGGCCUUCAACCGUGGGACAUCAUCAGCACUUUGAUUAAGUGUGUUGUGUUUGGUAUGAUUAUUGCUGUCGUGAGUUGCACUUGGGGAGCAACGACGACAGGGGGUGCAAAAGGCGUCGGCGAAUCCACGACUUCUGCCGUCGUGAUUUCCCUCGUCUGUAUUUUCAUCGCCGAUUUUGUCUUGUCCUGGUGCUUCUUCCAGGGUGCAGGCGAUGCACUCAAAGCUUGCAUGGGAUAGAUAACUGCGGGAGGUGGUGGUUAGCGAUGAAAAAAAAAAAAGAAAGAAGCGAUGUACUCUGCUGUCGACGGGUUUUAGGAGCAAAGAACAUUGUUAUGGUGUCCUUCCUUCGCCGAAACGGUGCAGAGAGCAGAGGAUGAUGACUGUUGAGGUUCAGCAAUAAACCCACGACAAACUUGAUGAUGGCUUUCUUAGCCGAAGUCGGGUCAUGCCGUCGGUGUAGUCAAAUAUAUUGUAUUUUUUUUAUGAUGGGACGCUGGGCCCGAUUCCCAGUACGUGCUGCUCACCACAAAUAUAGAUUGGGUCCCCAUGCAUUGUGUUUUUCCACACACACACACACAAAAAAAAAAAAGACCUUGAUUGUGGCAUCUGUCUCUAUGACGUGCGUUUGCAGGUCCACAUGCAUGGACCUUUUGCUCGUUCUCUUUUCGCAUUUCCAUCUGUAUAUCCUCCCCCAACUGGCAGUAUUCUGUAAAUCCUCCUCCAGCGCCAGGAAUUGUUGUAGCUGGCUGAUGAACGCGUGGUUCGCAGAGCACCUACUUUUGUCCUCCCUCCUUUCGCUGCUGGGUCACGAGAUGUUCCCCUAUUCUUUCCAUCCGCAAGUUCACUUUUUCAGUGCUAUUGGGCUAUACUUACGA